CGAGCUAAAACACCCUUCCCCUUCUGAGUGUUGGGUGUGAGGGUUAGUGGUGUUAAAGUUGUGUGUUCUGUAAUACAAGUGAAGUGGAUUUUGCUCAGGGGAAAUGGCUUCAGGAGUCACAGUGUCGGACGUGUGUAAAACUACGUAUGAAGAAAUCAAGAAGGAUAAAAAGCACCGAUACGUGGUUUUCUUUAUUAGGGAUGAGAAGCAGAUAGACGUUGAAGUUAUAGGUGAACGUAAUGCAGCCUAUGACCAGUUCCUAGAAGACCUGCAGAAGGGCGGUACUGGUGAAUGCCGAUAUGGACUAUUUGAUUUUGAAUACACGCAUCAGUGCCAAGGAACUUCAGAGGCAUCAAAGAAGCAGAAGCUGUUCUUGAUGUCUUGGUGCCCUGACACUGCAAAGGUGAAAAAGAAGAUGUUGUAUUCAUCCAGCUUUGAUGCCCUUAAGAAAUCACUUGUUGGAGUUCAGAAGUACAUUCAGGCUACCGAUCUGUCUGAAGCAUCGCAAGAGGCUGUGGAAGAGAAAUUGCGUGCCACUGACCGGCAGUAAUGCGCAAUGGAAUGGAGCCAGCUGUGAAAGGGAACUAAUUCACCCUUGUUCUCUUUGGCUCAGUUAUCUUCACUCUGUGAGAACACUUUGCCAGCCUGUUUGCAGAUCCACAGCCACCCGGUCUCAUGUCCUGCGGGCAAAGUGGUCUCUUCAGCCCACGGAGUGUCACCAAACUGUAUGCUAUAUUAUUAUCGAGUGAAAUAAAUAAAAGAGCCGACAAAAGUAAUUGCGAAAAAAAAUUGUGAAUUUGAAUUUAUGAUAGUUGGCUGUAAGCCUUGUAAUGUUAACCAUUCAGGAUAAUAUGCAGUUCGAUUCUUGUCAUUGUAUCUGUAUUUGGUAAGCAAAAUGUUGUUUCUUGAGUUUAAUGCUGUAAUGGUGAACAAGCGAAAGGCAUGUGCAGUGCAAAGUUAUUGCUCUCACCAUGCUUCGGUAUAAAAUCAAUUUUGUAUCUUGAUACAUUUCUGUAGGACCUUUUAUGUCACAUGCUGAGUAUGCAUUAAAUACUUUCUACUGAAUAAGGUCGUGUUCAUUUGUUUGUAUUAUGUUCCUUCAUGUAAAGUGCUGUAAUUAGUAAUCCUUACUAACAAAUUGUUUUCACCUUCACUUUUGUUCUCUUGGUGCCGUUGAGCGCAAACCACAUAAAUUUGCCAGAGAAAGCCGCACAGAAGUGUGAUCAAAAAAACAUAACACAAACAAUAUCCGCACAUAUCAGUGUUCCUGAAAUCCAGGAUCAGAAAUUUUGUUUUUGAGCAGGUCACUUUGUUGUGAGAGAGGGAUAUGUCCACUUAGUCUGUCUCUAUUCUCCAUACUGGUAAGUUAAUUUAAACCUUUCAUAUAUGUGGAACCCAGCUUCCUCCAAAUUUUCUUGGAAGUUAGUAGCAUUGUACAUGGGUGAUGAGUGGCAUAGUGAAGUCCUUUGGAGCAUUGUUGUCACGUCAGAAUGGGAUAAAGUAAAGGGACUUUCCAACCUGCAUUGCUAUGAUGUUAGCAGACUCGUAUGUAGCGGUUGUGGCGAUGUAGAGGGGUGUGGUAGUAGGGAGUGUAAUGUUUUUUAUUUUCUGUGUUGAGGCAAAUUUAUUUGGUGUAAGUGCCAGAGAAGUUUUAAUUAAUAACCGAUGCCACAUUUUUUGUUCUGUUGGACCCCAUUUCUUUAUCUGUCAUGUUUGUGAUGUGAAAGCAGAUUUGUAACUAAAUGAAUCGAUGUUUUAAUAAAUAUCUUACAUCAGUAA